UGAGCGGCAAGAAGGCGCCAGCGAAGGGCGGUAAGAAGAGGAGGCGGACCAGGAAAGAAAGUUAUUCCAUCUACAUCUACAAAGUGAUGAAGCAGGUUCACCCCGACACCGGCAUCUCCUCCAAGGCCAUGAGCAUCAUGAACUCGUUCGUCAACGAUAUUUUCGAGCGCAUCGCGGGGGAGGCUUCCCGCCUGGCCCAUUACAACAAGCGCAGCACCAUCAGCUCCCGGGAGAUCCAGACCGCCGUGCGGCUGCUGCUGCCCGGGGAGCUGGCCAAGCACGCCGUGUCGGAGGGCACAAAGGCGGUGACCAAGUACACCAGCUCCAAGUGAAGGACCGCAUUGCAUUGAAGUUUACACGUCCACACCCCAAAGGCUCUUUUAAGAGCCACCCACACCUUCCCCGAGACAGUUGAACCAAUUGUUUUGGAGUAUGUACUAUUAAUGUUUGCGGUAUUUGUUGUUUAUAAACUCAUGAGUGAUCGCUGA